ACCGGCAGGUUGAGCAUCAUCUCGUUUUACUGAAAGACGAAAGCGGAAUCGGUACACUGUCAAACGCUGAUACUUUAAUACAAGAAGCGAAUAAAUCAUCACACUCCGUUCCGGGAGCAACAUUACACCUGAUCAGUGUUAUGGCAAAAGGAGAGGGAGCCGAGCAAUUUCCUACCAGUUUGUUACUUUCAGCCAAACCCGUGACUCAAGAUGACAUCAAAAUCGCAAAGCGUCCACCACAGAAGGAGAGGGUUACAGCUCUGACUGUGUGCAGCAAGGUGUGUUUUGCAAUCGGAGGGGCUCCGUAUCAGAUCACGGGAAGCGCCUUGGGCUUCUUUUUGCAAAUCUUCUUGCUGGAUGUGGCACAGUUGGAUCCUGUCAGUGCUUCUGUUAUCCUGUUCGUGGGUCGGGCCUGGGAUGCUGUGACCGAUCCCACAGUUGGGUUUUUAGUAAGCAGAACUCCAUGGACACGCCACGGACGCAUGAUGCCCUGGAUUCUGGUGUCCACCGUUCCAGCGGUGUUGUGUUAUUUCCUGAUAUGGGUGGUUCCGCCAAUAGAUGAAGGAAAGAUGUUGUGGUAUCUGAUCUUUUACUGUCUGUUCCAGUCCCUCCAGACAGUUAUGUUUCAUGUGCCGUAUUCUUCUCUGACUAUGUUCAUCAGCAAUGAACAGAAAGAACGGGAUUCAGCCACAGCUUACCGCAUGACUAUAGAGGUGUUGGGUUCAGUAGUUGGCACUGCUGUUCAAGGGCAGAUUGUGGGCAUGGCCAGCAGCCCAUGCAUUAACAGCACGUCUGUGACCAACAUCUCCAAUCACUCCAUGCACAGCAAUAGUUCUCAAAUCUUUAUUGAUGACAAAACAUUUAAUGAGAGGCGUGCGUAUAUGAUUGCAUCAGGAGCCAUAAGUUUAAUCUAUGUUCUGUGUGCUGUUGUGCUGUUUGUUGGAGUGACAGAGAAAUACAAUGACGGUGGUUUAAAAGCACAGAGGCGCAUGUCAUUUCGAACUGGCCUGUGUCUGGUGAUGAGUCACGGGCCGUAUGUUAAGCUAGUGCUGGCCUUCCUCUUCACAUCUCUGGGUUUCAUGCUGUUGGAAGGAAAUUUUGCUGUAUUCAUCAAAUACACGCUGGGAUUCAGAAACGAUUUUCAAAAUAUCUUACUGGUCAUAAUGCUGUCUGCCACUGUCACCGUCCCCAUGUGGCAAUGGUUCCUCUGCCGGUUUGGAAAGAAAACUGCCGUAUACAUCGGCAUUACAUGGGCGGUGCCUUUCAUGAUUCUGGUGGUGUGUAUAAGCAGCAACCUCAUUGUGUCUUACAUUGUAUCCAUCGCGGCCGGUGCCAGUGUGGCUGCCGCCUAUCUCCUGCCCUGGUCCAUGCUUCCAGAUGUGGUUGAUGAUUUCAAAGUCCAGAAUCCCGACUCUCACGGCCAUGAGGCUAUUUUCUUCUCUUUCUAUGUGUUCUUUACCAAAUUUGCCUCUGGAGUGUCUCUUGGGGUAUCAACGCUAGCAUUAAGUUUUGCAGGAUAUGUGACAGGGGCUUGUGUUCAACCGGAUUCGGUGAAUUUUACGUUGAAAAUGUUGGUGUCGGCUGCACCUGUAGCACUUAUAGCUCUGGGGCUGUCCAUCUUUAAAAUGUAUCCCAUUGAUGAAAAACGCAGACAGUAUAACAACAAACAACUCCAGCUGCUACGGCAGAGGAGUGAUGAGCAAGACUCUGAGAUGGAAGUAUUGCAGCCUGUUAUCGAAGCAUAAUUCCUGUUCCCACUGUUGCCUACAGAUGGUGCCAAAGCAAACAAUGCAAAGAGAAAUAAAUCUUCUGCGCCCUUAAAAGGAGAGAACAUUCCUUGCUCAGAAGGUUAUCAGUGGAGGGUAGAUAUGAACCCUUAAAUAUCUGCACUACUGUGACAAUAUGUUUUUACAGCCUUAACAGUCACUGUUUGCUGCUUCUUAGAUCUCCUUUGUGAACAGAGGUAGACCUAUAAAGUAAAAUAGUUGAGGUUCAAAUUAUAAAAUGACUUUCUCAAUGUGAAGAUGGAUUCAAAGUUUUUUUUCUGAAUGUUAAGGAAAUUUAAAAUUGCAGUUGUUUGAGAAAAUGUUGUGAAGAGAUUUGUUUGUUUUUGUUUUGCACUAAUGGAGGUCAAGUAUUUAUAAUGAAACAAAAAGGACAAUUUCCAUUUAUUUAUUGAAGAUCUAAAUUAGUAAUAUGUGUAGGGCCGUUGAUUAGUUUUUUAUGGUUCUGUAUUUAUUUAUUGUGCCUUAUACUGCGCCUAAAAUUAUGAGAUUGGUUAAAAACCCAGUUACAUGAGUAUACAGAAAAAAAAGGCUUGCACUUACUGCAAUCACAUUAUGCAGGAGAUUAUUUUUUUCCUACUGUGCCAAUGGACUCAAUAUGACAUGUUUCAGACUGAAGAAAAGUUAUAUGAAGGACUUGUAACGUUCAAUUAAACAGUAUGGUUUAUCAUCAAUGAUCGCAAUUUGUUGUGUUUUGAAUGAGAGCGAGUGUGUGAAUGUUCGAUCACAAGAAACAAAUAUUCAACAUACUGUCAUUUUAUUAUUCUCUAAAAACAUGGACUAUGGGCAUUGUCUGCAAUGUU